AUGAACGAUUUUAAUUUGAGUGAUUGGUACGACAUUAGCACAAUGGCCAAUGACGAAUUCAUUAUUAGCCUACCGCAAUACGACAUCCUUCAUUGGCUCGUGGAGAAUACGUCACACAAGAAACACCAUCACGCGAGACAUAUGCAUUGUACAUAUGCAG